AUGGCAUGUAAUGUAGUAAUGUUUUGUUGGGUUAACAACAGCAGAGAGUGGUUGUAUAGCUCAACUUAUCUUUUAACCGUGGCUUUUACGACUACAGAAUUCAAGGCGGUUACUUAUGGUUCAGCUGUAAAAUUGACGCAUAGCCUGUCAGAAUAUAAAUUGCACUCGCACGGUGUAAAUUAUGGCAGUGGAUCAGGCCAACAAAGCGUAACUGGAUUCUCCGAAGCGGAUGAUCCAAACUCUCUGUGGACGGUUAAGCCAACUAUUGACGUGAAAGACUUUCUAAGAGGGCAACCCGUAAAAUGUAAUUCCUUUAUACGGCUUCAACAUGUCGAAACCAAAAAGUUUUUGCAUAGUCAUAAUCACAAGUCACCCCUCUCAAUGCAACAAGAAGUCAGUGCAUAUGACGGAAAUGAUACAGGGGAUAAUUGGAAGCUUAUCUGUCGGGAAUCGUCUUCUGUCUGGCUUCGGGAAGAAAAGGUGCAGUUGAUGCAUCAAGAUACAAAAACGUAUCUGACGGCAAACAUAGAUAAAAUGUAUGGUAACCCUAUUCAUGGACAGCUUGAAGUUGCAACGUCAAGGUCGGGUGAUAAAUAUACAAUGUGGGCAGCACAAGAAGGUGUUUAUUUUCAAGACUUAACAACGCAAUUAGAAUAA